AUGCCGAUGAGACCACAGCCCCAGCCUCACAGCAUCCCAUCCCCAGCUAAAGACUCACAGCUCCAACCCCAGCCUCACAUCCCCAGCCAAAGCCUCACAUCCCCAGCCAAAGCCUCACAUCCCCAGCCAAAGCCUCACAUCCCCAGCCAAAGCCUCACAUCCCCAGCCAAAGCCUCACCAUCCCCAGCCAAAGCCUCACAUCCCCCAGCCAAAGCCUCACAUCCCCAGCCAAAGCCUCACACCCCAGCCAAAGCCUCACACCCCAGCCACAGCCUCACAUCCCCAGCCAAAGCCUCACAUCCCCAGCCAAAGCCUCACAUCCCCAGCCAAAGCCUCACAACCCCAGCAACAGCCUCACAGCCCCAUUCUCACAGGCUCAGCCCUAGCCACAGCCCCAGCCUCACAGCCUCCCAUCCCCAGCCAAAGACUCACAGCUCCAGCCCCAGCCUUACAUCCCCAGCCUCACAGCCCCAUUCUCACAGACCCCAGCCUCACAGCCUCCCAUCCCCAGCCAAAGACUCACAGCUCCAGCCCCAGCCUUACAUCCCCAGCCUCACAGCCCCAUUCUCACAGACCCCAGCCUCACAGCCCCAGCCUCACAGUCUCACAGCCCCAGUCUCACAGCCUCAGUCCCAGCCUCACAGUCUCACAGCCUCACAGCCCCAGACUCACAGACCCCAGCCUCACAGCCCCAGCCUCACAGACUCACAGCCCCAGCCUCACAGCCCCAGUCCCAGCCUCACAGCCCCAGACGCACAUCCCCAGCCUCACAGCCCCAGGCUCACAGACACCAGCCUCACAGCCCCAGUCCCAGCCUCACAGCCCCAGACGCACAUCCCCAGUCCCAGGCUCACAACCCUAGUCACAGCCGCAGCCCCAGACUCACAGUCCCAGCCUCACAGCCCCAGACUCACAGCUCCAGAAUCACAGCUCCAGAAUCACAGCCCCAGCCUCACAGCCCCAGUCCCAGACACACAUUCCCAGCCUCACAGCCCCAGUCUCACAGACACCAGCCUCACAGCGUCAGUCCCAGCCUCACAGCCCCAGACUCACAUCCCCAGUCCCAGGCUCACAACCCUAGUCACAGCCCCAGCCCCAGACUCACAUCCACAGUCCCAGGCUCACAACCCUAGUCACAACCCCAGCCCCAGACUCACAGUCCCAGCCUCACAGCCCCAGACUCACAGCCCUAGCAUCACAGCCCCAGCCCCAGAGUCACAGCCUCAGCCUCACAGCCCCAGCCCCAGACUCACAGCCUCACAGCCCCAGCCCCAGAGUCACAGCCCCAGCCUCACAGCCCCAGCCCCAGCCCCAGCCCCAGCCUCACAGCCCCAGCCUCACAGCCCCAACCCCAGACCCCAGCCCCAGCCUCACAGCCCCAGCCUCACAGCCCCAGCCUCACAGCCCCAGCCCCACAGCCCCAGCCCCAGCCUCACAGCCCCAGCCUCACAGCCCCAGUCCCUCAGAGGCCCAACAACAUAG